AUGCUUACAGUUGCAGAAUUAAUGUGUGAAAUAUUUGCACAUCUUCAAAAAAAUUUCCAACCAGAAAUUGAAGCUGUUCGUAAACAAUAUCCAAGCGAGCCGUUUAUUUUUACUGAAAAACCUUUAAUAAUUCAAUAUUCACAGGCUGUUUCAAUGCUUAGAGAGGCUGGUGUUGAACAGGGAGAUGAAGAGGAUUUGAGUACUCCAAACGAAAAACUUCUCGGCCGUUUAGUCCGUGAAUGUUAUUCCACUGACUUUUAUGUUCUUGACAAAUUCCCACUUGCGGUUAGACCAUUUUAUACAAUGCCUGAUCCUUUGGAUGAACGUUAUUCAAAUAGUUAUGAUAUGUUUAUGAGAGGAGAAGAAAUUCUUUCUGGUGCCCAACGUGUUCAUGAUCCAAUAUUACUCACUGAACGUGCAAAAAUACAUAAUAUUGAUUUGGAAAAGAUUCGUGCUUAUAUCGAUGCAUUUAAAUAUGGAUGUCCUCCACAUGCUGGUGGUGGAAUUGGUUUGGAACGUGUAACAAUGCUUUUCCUUGGUUUAGGCAAUAUUCGACUUGCUUCGUUAUUUCCACGUGACCCUAAACGAAUUACUCCAUAG